AUCGCCGUGAAGCGAAGACUGAAUGCUUAGUACCAUUUUCCAUGGAGUUUGUUCGGGCGAUUUUCCAGAUUUUCCGCUAAAAACGUGACAAGUGCAGCGUGAGAGCCCGUGGAACAGAUUGCGGAAACUUGAGCAUCAAGCGGUUGUGUUUUCCCGGGCUGCUGCUUUGUUGUGUGCGUUGUGUCGAUAAACGCUGCUAAUAACUUUCUCCAGUUCACCGUCUGGCCUGCGAAUAGUGAGUGUUCGUUCGGUGGCAAACCUGCUUUUUUAUCGUUAAAACAUGGACCACAUCAACACCCCGAAGAUCGAAAAUGUUCGUAUGAUUGACAGAUACAAUAGCAAAAAUCCGACCGUCGGAGUGCUCUAUCUGACGGCCACGCAUCUCAUAUUUGUUGAUCCGGAUGCCAACAAAGAGACAUGGGUCCUGUACAUGCACAUAGCCAACGUGGAAAAGCUGCCCCUAAGCACCACCGGGUCGCCAUUGUUGAUACGCUGCAAGACGUUCCUCUCGAUCACGUUCGUCAUUCCGAAGGAGCGCGAAUGCCACGACGUCUACACGACGCUGAUGAAGCUCUACCAGCCACUGCACAUCAAGAACCUGUACUGCUUCCAGUAUACGACGGCCGCGAAGGAGCUGUCGAAGGCGUCCGGCUGGGACUACUUCAAGCUGGAGAGCGAAUUCAAACGGAUGCGCGUCCCAAACGAGCAGUGGAGUGCCUGCACGCUGAACCAAAAGUACGAGCUGUGUGAUACGUACCCGCAGCAGAUUUAUGUGCCAGCCGAGGCGAGCACACAGAUUCUGCUCGGUAGUUCGCGCUUCCGCUCCAAGGGGCGCCUGCCGGCCCUCACCUACCUGCACGCUAACAAGGCGUCAAUCUGCCGCUGCAGCCAGCCGCUGUCCGGCUUCAGUGCCCGCUGUCUCGAGGAUGAGCAAAUGCUGGAAACGGUCCGCAAAACCAAUCCGAACUGCGGCUACAUGUACGUGGUGGACACGCGGCCGCGGAUUAACGCCAUGGCAAACCGGGCCGCCGGCAAGGGAUACGAGAACGAGGCGAACUACGAAAACAUCAAGUUCCAGUUUCUCGGCAUUGAAAACAUUCACACAAUGCGCACCAGUCUGCAGAAGUUGAUAGAGUGUUGUGAACAAAAGUCCCCGACGAUGAGUGGAUUUCUGAGUUCGUUGGAAUCGUCCGGCUGGCUAAAGCACAUCCGAUCGAUACUGGAUACGUCUUGCUUCAUUGCAAACGCCGUGGACAAGGGAAUUUCGGUGGUGGUCCACUGCUCGGACGGGUGGGAUCGAACGGCACAAGUUUGCUCCCUGGCCGCACUGAUGCUGGAUCCUUACUAUAGAACGAUCAAAGGAUUUCAAGCUUUAAUCGAGAAAGACUGGUUGGCAUUUGGACACAAAUUUGGCGAUCGCUGCGGGCACAUUCAGAACGAUCCGAAAGAGGUGUCACCGGUGUUUACGCAGCUGCUCGACUGCACCUGGCAGCUGAUGCAGCAGCGUAACGAUGCGUUCGAGUUUAACGAGCGAUUUCUGUUGAUUCUGCACGACCACGUCAUGUCCUGCCAGUACGGCACGUUCGUGGGCAACUGCGAGAAGGAUCGGCUGGAUCUGCGGUUGGCCGAGAAAACCUACUCCCUGUGGGGUUACAUGUCGAACCACCUGAACGAGUACAUCAACCCACUGUACCGGCCGGAGAUGGACGAAACCAUCAAACCGAAUCUGGCACCGCAGAACAUCAAAUUCUGGCGCGGUAUGUACAGCCGAUUCGAGAGUGGCAUUCAUCCGCGCGAACCGCUAGAGGAUUUGCUGAUCGCCAGCAAGGAUCACUGCACUUCGCUCGAGGAUCACGUGCAGCACCUGACGAAGCGUAUUAAUAGCUUCAAAAACAUGCUCUCGAAGUCUGCCAAACGGUUGCAGGGCGGAAGUGCGGCGGGACCACGUCACACCGAAACCCAGCGGGCACCGAUCGAGGUGAACGAUAAUCGGUACAACUACGAUCGGAAGCUAAGCGAACUUUCCGCGGCCGACGAUGAUCACCCGCUGAAGACGAGCGAUUUUUCCUUCUCCAACCUUUCGAUCUCCGAGUACACCAACGAUGUCGAGCAGGUGAACGAUGAAGUCAGCUCCGUUGCCGUCGAUUGGAAAUCGCUGCGUACCGUGGUUAACUGUCCCUCCUGCUCGAUACCAUUUGAUCAGAUCACGAAAAAGAAUCACUGCUGGAAGUGUGGCGAAGUGUACUGCAACCGGUGCCUCGACAAGAGCCUGUCCCUGGCCGGACAUGAGAGCGGCAAUCAGGUCCCGGUAUGUCGAAACUGUUUCCGGCAGCUGCAGCAAGUGAGUCCGUAAUGCGUGCCCAGCUCUGUGACGAACAUUCUUCUUCCCACUUCGGACGGGGAUUCCCGGUUGGGGUAAGGCACACUGCAUUCUUCUCCAUCAACAUUUUCACAACGACACGGCGAUACGGUGUGAUAGAUUAACGGAAACGGGAAAAAUCGCCCUACUUUCUCGAGGCUAGCAGAACAUUAUUUUUAGAGUCAAGAAUAGUUCAAAAAGCUGUUUAAUUUAAGACCAAAGUAUGGUACCGUGCGGCAGGGCGCAAACUACGCUUGGGCUUGCGAUCGUGCUGAUCCUUGCCGUUGAUGAAGGGCUGUCAAUCUUAGAUUGUAGUUGUUAGCUGUAAAAUAGCACCAUUGGUUGCCACUGGCCGGUGUGGGUUGGUGAUGGCACCAGAAGCAUAUACUGUUAUUAAUUAUUAUCAAAGAAAGUGAAUAGAAUAUUCCGUGCAUGAAGCAUUAAGCAAUCGAAGGGCAAGAAAAGCCAAACGGGCAAACGAUAAGUUGGCUUUUCGUGGAAAUAGUAUUCUGAAAAUGAUUGAGCAUCCUUAUUAGGACGAAAUAUGUUAUCAUCUCCUGCAGGAAUAUACGCACACUAGUAGUCGCGACGCUGUUGUAGAGCAUUCGUUAUUUAUUGUGCCUAAGCUGAACACGAGGAGGGAGCGGUUUAUGCGGUUCUAUUUCUUCCAGAAUUAUUUUUGGUUCGAAUUUUCUUUUGUAGCUCGCUAUGGACAGUAUUUUCAACCGGAUCCGGAACUUUGUGUUGUGUAACCUAGUGGCGUUCUUUAGUUGCGUUACGAUAGAAUUCGUGGCAGUGGUAAUGUGAGAUAACUAAAAAUACAAAGCCACGUUGCUCUCCGUAUGCUGAAUAUCCUAUAAUAAUGCGACUAAUCAGAUCAAACAAAACCACAAAAACACGAAUAAAGUGGGCUGAAU